UGCAUUUCUAUUAUAAAAGUAUGUGUUCAUCAAAAUUUCAUCUAUUCUAGUGACAGUGUGGCAUUACGCACGGUUGCUGAUUUCGGUGCAGGUAGUGGCCCGAUUUGGCUGGACGAUGUCACUUGUCAAGGAGACGAGGCUUCGAUCGACGCGUGUACGUUCAGUGCAUGGGGACAGCAGAACUGCGGGCAUAGCGAAGAUGUCGGAGUUAAUUGUAAUGUAACCUGCCCUGUACUGAACGUAGAUGACACUUCCAAUGAUUCUGGAGGAACGAUUUUUUACAACACGACAGUAACGUACACAUGUGCAGGAGGCUACAUCCAUACAAAUGGCAAUUUAGGUAGGACAUGUCAAGCUGACGGCCAAUUGGAUGGAACCUCCCCAAUAUGUACUCGAGUAACCUGCUCUGUACCGGACGUACAAGACACUUCUAAAGAUUCGGGGACAACGGUUGUUUACAACACGACCGUUACGUACACAUGUGCAGACAGUUACAUUGUAACUCAUGGCAGUUUAGUAAGGACAUGUCAAGCUGACGGCCAAUUGGAUGGUUCUUCCCCAACUUGUACUCCAGAUUGUGGUACCGUACCAGUGGUGCCUAACAGCACGUAUACAACUCCCACAAACACACUCCUCGGUGCACGUGUAGCGUACUCGUGUAAUUCUGGAUAUACGUCGUCGGGUGCAGAGACCAUUGCAUGCUUGACAAGCGGUUGGACUACACGACCAGUCUGUCAUCCAGUAACCUGCUCUGUACCGGACGUAGAAGACACUUCGAAAGAUUCGGGGACAAUGAUUGUUUACAACACAACUGUUACGUACACAUGUGUAGAAAGUAACAUUGUAACUAAUGGCAGUUUAGUAAGGACAUGUCAAGCCGACGGCCAAUUGGAUGGUACUUCCCCAACUUGUACUCCAGAUUGUGGCACCGUACCAUCGGUGCCUAACAGCACGUAUACAACUCCCACAAACACACUCCUCGGUGCACGUGUAACGUACUCGUGUAAUUCUGGAUAUACAUCAUCGGGUGCAGUGAUCAUUUCAUGCUCGACAAGCGGUUGGACCACACCACCAGUCUGUCAUCCUGAUUUAGGAUAUGACUGUACAAACACUACCUGCACUGACCCUAAUGCUGUGUGCGCUGAUGCCACCCUACUGUGCUCCUGUCCUACUGGGUACUUUGAUAAUAACGGAGCCGCUCUUGGUGGGACGUGUGAAAUCAAAUCUACUGAGGUAUCUGCGGUGUUAAUAGCUGUUCCGAUUGCAAGUGUGGUGGUUGUGAUUCUGGCUGUGACCACCGCUUGCUUGAUCAAGCAACGAAGAAAUAGACUGGAAGCUAACCACGGAAAUAGUAACACCAGAAUCUCGGAAACAAAUGCCAUAUGUCUGCAAACGUUCGUAUCAGAACAAGAUUAUUAUAACAUCGGUGAAAUAAACAAACCUGAGGAUAAAUACAGAACAGAAACACACAAUUUGAUGAACAAUCCAGCUUAUGCUUACACUGAAGGUACGCCAGUUGCCCAUGUUCCACAAACCAACAUUGACGCGGCUAUUAUUGCUCAAAACUAUACCGAUGAACAUGACUACGAUACAUUUCAAGACCUAAUCUACGAGAACGCAGAAACCAAUGGUGAAGCAAUCUACGAGAACACAGAAACCAAUGGUGAAGCAAUCUACGAGAACACAGAAACCAAUGAUGAAGCAAUCUACAAGAACAUAGAAACUAACGUUGACGCAUCUAAUGUUUAUGACGAGAUUUAAUUUCGUUCUCAUUAAAUUUUAAAUCGAUUUUUAAUUGGGGUCAAUGUGUAAAUAUAUUUUGCAAUGAUUAUUUCAUUUGAUUUCCAUUAUUGUUCAUAAUCAUUAUAAUUUUCACAUUGAAUGGCCUUACAUAUUAUCUUACGGAGACUUUAAAAUAUGUUCAAAUAGUAUGUUCUUAUAUAAAACUGUUUAACCCACCAAAGCUAGAACCAACAUUUUAUUUGCCGUUUUUAAAGUUCACUAUUCUGUGGUAUAUGUUCAGUUCGUGAGAUUAAGAGUAUCUGCACAUCGCUUAGAUGUAAAAUCCUCUAGAAGGCACAAACCAGAAUCAACACCACAUUGUUAUAGAAAAUGAGUUUCAUUUAAUGAACUUGGUGAUGAUAUUUAUUUUGUAUUAUAAUGUGAAUUUUAUGAAGAUUUGAGGAAUAUAUGAAAAAAUAUUAUUAUACCUUUCCAAGUUUAUUUCAACUAAUUGAAAUACACUAAUUAGAAAAUGUCAGUUUUAAUUGAAAUCUAACUUGUUCUUAAUGAGCAUAAAGCAAUCAUAUGGAAGUAAUAGAAACAUUUAUCAUGUAUUACUAACCCUAUUUGAUUGGUGUGAUGUUUGGGUAUCGUGAUUUGCUUAUGCGAUAUAUAUUGUUGCUAGAAUAUAUCUUGGAAUAUAUUUUUAUGCGAUAUAUAUUGUUGCUAGAAUAUAUCUUGGAAUAUAUUUUUAUGCGAUAUAUAUUGUUGCUAGAAUAUAUCUUGGAAUAUAUUUUUAUGCGAUUUAUAUUGAUGCUAGAAUUUAUCUUGGAAGAUAUUUUUAUGCGAUUAAUAUUGUUGCUAGAAUUUAUCUUGAAAUAUGUUUUAAUGCGAAUUAUUUUGUUGCUAGGAUAUAUCUUGGAAUAUGUGUUUAUGCGAUUUAUAUUGUUCCUUUCAUAUAUCUUGGAAUACGUUUGUCAUCAGCUCGAAUUUA